CGCCGAGGCUUCCGUCUCGCUCUCUCGCUCGCUCGCGCAGCGGCGGCAGCAGAGGUCGCGCACAGAUGCGGGUUAGACUGGCGGGGGGAGGAGGCGGAGGAGGGAAGGAAGCUGCAUGCAUGAGACCCACAGACUCUUGCAAGCUGGAUGCCCUCUGUGGAUGAAAGAUGUAUCAUGGAAUGAACCCGAGCAAUGGAGAUGGAUUUCUAGAGCAGCAGCUGCAGCAACAGCAGCCUCAGUCCCCCCAGAGACUCUUGGCCGUGAUCCUGUGGUUUCAACUGGCGCUGUGCUUUGGCCCAGCACAGCUCACGGGUGGGUUCGAUGACCUCAACGUGUGUGCUGACCCAGGCGUUCCAGAGAAUGGCUUCAGGACCCCAAGUGGAGGAGUUUUCUUCGAAAGUUCUGUAACCCGAUAUCACUGCCAAGAUGGAUUCAAGCUGAAGGGCUCUACAAAGAGACUGUGUGUGAAACAUAUUAAUGGGACCCUAGGCUGGGUCCCAAGUGACAGACCCGUCUGCAUCCAAGAAGACUGCCGCAUCCCCCAAAUUGAAGAUGCUGAGAUUCACAACAAAACGUAUAGACACGGAGAUAAGUUAAUCAUCGCCUGUCAUGAGGGAUUCAAGAUCCGGUACCCUGACCUAUACAACAUGGUUUCAUUAUGUCGUGAUGAUGGGACAUGGAGUAACCUGCCCAUCUGUCAAGGCUGCCUGAGACCUCUAGCCUCUUCCAAUGGCUACGUGAACAUCUCGGAGUUCCAGACCUCCUUCCCCGUGGGAACUGUGAUCGCCUAUCGCUGCUUCCCUGGAUUUAAACUCGAGGGGUCUGAGUAUCUCGAAUGCUUACACAACCUUAUCUGGUCGUCCAGCCCACCCCGGUGCCUUGCUCUGGAAGUUUGUCCGCUACCUCCUAUGGUAAGUCACGGAGAUUUCAUCUGCCACCCGAGGCCUUGUGAGCGCUACAACCACGGGACCGUGGUAGAGUUCUACUGUGAUCCUGGCUACAGCCUCACCAGUGAUUACAAGUACAUCACCUGCCAGUACGGAGAGUGGUUCCCCUCCUACCAAGUCUACUGCAUCAAAUCAGAGCAAACGUGGCCCGGCACCCACGAGACCCUCCUGACCACAUGGAAGAUCGUGGCAUUCACGGCCACCAGCGUGCUGCUGGUGUUACUGCUCGUCAUCUUGGCCAGAAUGUUCCAGACCAAGUUCAAGGCCCACUUCCCGCCCAGGGGCCCUCCCAGGAGUUCCAGCAGUGACCCUGACUUCGUGGUAGUGGACGGAGUGCCCGUCAUGCUGCCAACCUAUGAUGAGGCUGUGAACGGAGGCUCGAGUGCCUUAGGCCCCGGGUACCUGGCCUCCGUGGGCCAGGGCUGUCCUUUACCUGUGGAUGACCAGAGCCCUCCUGCAUACCCCGGCUCCGGGGACACGGACACAGGCCCUGGGGAGUCAGAAACCUGUGACAGCACCUCGGCCUCUUCUGAGCUGCUCCAGAGUCUAUAUUCAGCCCCCAUGUGCCAAGGGGGCAGCCACCCUGCCCCCGACACCCCUGACACGAUUUCAAGCACAGCAGGGGAGGUGGCAUCCACCAGCCCGGGCAUCGACAUUGCGGAUGAGAUCCCUCUAAUGGAAGAAGAUCCCUAGCCGGGUGACGUCCUGGUGAUUCCACUGUCCCCUUUGGGGAAAAGAGCCUUGAACCUUGGAGUGAGGCCACAGGAGGACAGAGCUUGCGGGAGAAGGGGGCAUUUUCUAAUCUAUCUACAUGGGGACAGUGAGCACACCACACAUCUCCAACAGGACUGCGGGUCUGAGUGCCAGCAGGGGUAAUGCUUUUCAGUGAGACUCACAGGUUUAUCAUGACCUGCAGGGAACAAAGGGCAGAGGGGACUCUCUGUGUCACCCCCAUGACAGUGUGGAGUGUCUCUGGCUACAGAGCGUGAGACAGUGCCACACACAUCCCAACAAAUCACACAUCUCGUUGGCUUGUGUUAACAGCACCCCCGGCCCCUCUGAAAGCAUGUCCCAUUGUGUAAAUCCGCUUCUAAAAUCUGCUUUGAACUGUCUAGGGACUCUAGAUCUGGACAGGUCUGCCUCUGUAGAAAGCCCAUGUUAACUGGCCAGCCCAGGAGCAGAUCCUUCUCUUUGCCCUUAUUAGUAAGGGACAGGCUCCCAAGGAAAGAUUCUCAUGUGACACUCAGACCAUCUUCAACACCUGGACAACUGUCAAAGCAGGAUGUGGCGGUUGGAAUGAGAAAGGAAAGGGAAAAGAAGCCAGCUGACUCUGCUCUCUGGAAAUUUCCUCAUGCAGAGCACCCCCUCCCACCGCCUCCCCCGCCACCCCCCAUGCUUUGUGCUGCCCUCUGGUGACGAGCGAUCGGUGUUUAUAUUUGUGAUCUGGCAGUGGAUCCACGGUGUGGGAUAAACCUGUGACCUUACACAUGGUGAGAACACAUUCAGAUGCCUCUUGUGGUGGGCCAAGGAACUUGGUAAUGUUUGGUAUGGGUAUUUCAGAAGGACUACACUCACAUUCAUCUGCUCACGCCUUCCGAUGUGGGUCAUUGUUAUCACAUUGUCCCUGACCCUAAAACGUAAACAUACUUUUACUUUCCAGAACGGAAAGUUUCUGUAAAACACAUUCUGCAUCCAAAGAGAGUGUAAGUCAGAUCUUCGGCGCCCCUCGCCCCAAUCCCAGCUCUCUCUUUUGUCCUGGCCAAUAGCCCCAAGCCACCCUGCUCUCUUGCUUUCUGGGGGGGGGGGGGCCUUUGGCCCUGCCUGCCCGCCAUCCUGUAUUCCUAUUGUGAGGGUCUCAUGGCGCCCACUGGGUGUUGUGCCUAAGAAACAGAUUGAUUUUUAAAGAUUCCUGGUCCAGAAAUGUCUCUUCAAAUAUAUGUUGGUCCGUGGCGUCGAUUCCAUCCCUCCUCUGGGUUCUAGACAAAUAUAAACAAACUCUCAUCCGUCAAAACACUGUGCAGACAGAGCAGCGAGGGCUGGAAGCUGGAUCGAGUCCUGCUUUCUCUCGACACAGACUGAUUAAAAAUUAAAAAGAAAA